AAAACCCAUAUUUUUAUUUUCUCUUUAAUUUGUAUUAAUUUGGCUAUUUAACCCACAUAUCUAAUACGUUUCUCGAAAAUAUCUUUUUUCACAACAAUUUGUGAUUGACCAAAAGAACCAAAUGCACUGAAUUAUCCAAAAAAAGACCAAGGCCCAAAUCCAAUUAGCUUUUCUAUCUAAAAGGAGGCUCAACUAAAUGGCGAAAGCCAAUGAUAUUUUGGAGGAAUAUUCGCGAGAGCUAAACCACUACAAAAUCAGAUUCCUCUCAAAAAUAUCAAACAUAACUUAACCCUAAAUUUUCACACACGCGCAAUACACGUGAGUUUUAGAAAACACAAAAGAUACUGAACAAUCAAUCCGCAACCGUUGGAUCUCAUACCACGUCAUCAAUCCUUCCUCCCCUUACCUCCAACGGCUGAGAUCACUCGAACUCAAGGGUUCCUACUGGUUCGAACAAACGAACGAAGCAGCUCCCCUGUUUUUCUCUUUCUCCCUUCCUUAACCCCUGCUUUACAUUUUUUCUUCAAAAAAAAAAAAUUAAUUCGAAAAAUUCAAAGAAGUUUUAGAAAAUCUCAGAAAACUAAGAAGAUGAUCAUGGAUAAAGAGAAAGAAAUUGAGGCAGCGAAGAAAGAAGUUAUGGGGUUGAAAAACGGGAAAAAUAAGGAGGAAUUUGAGGAAAUUGAGGAAGAAAAGGUUGAUGGUGAGGUAAAAGAUGCUGAAAAUGGUGAGGAUGACGAUGAGGAUGAUGUUGAGGACGAAGGCGAGGACGAAGGUGAGGAUGAGGAUGAUGAUGAGGAUGAGGAUGAUGGUCAGGAAGGUCUACAGUCUUCUGAUGCUCCUGCGGUUCAGAGUGAAGAUGAUGAGGAUGACGCCGCUGAUGACGAUGAUGACGAAGACGACGAUGAUGACGAUGACGACGAUGAUGAAGACGAUGACGAGGAGCCCAACACUGAGUAUCUUGUCCGCCCUAUUGCUCCUGCCGAGGAUGAGUUGGAUGCCUCUGACUUUGAGCCUGAUGAGAACGGUGAGGAUGAAGAUACCGAUGAAGAUGAGGAUGAUGACGAUGACGAAGAUGGUGGGAAAGUUGAGGCCCCGUCAAAGCGCAAAAGGUCAGGUGAUGAUGAUUCCGUAGAUGAUGACGGAGGAGAUGAUGAUGAUGAUGAGAGACCAUCAAAGCGGUAACCGUCAAGGGGUGGUGGUUGCGGUAUUGACCACUACCGCCUUCUUAAAAAUGCCGAUGGAGACCCAUCGGCAUGUAAGUCAAUCCCUAUCUCUUUAUACUAGUAAUAUGAUCCUUAUGGUGCCCUUUUAGCCUUAUUUAGUAGGAGUAUCAUCUUCAUGUUGCACUAUAUUGGGAAACAGGAAGAGAAAGUGCAUAGCAUGAGUAGAAAAGAAUUGUUGCAGUUUCAGAUACAUGUUAUGAACUCUAUUUUAGUUUUCGUAGUUUAGGUGUUUUCUUCAGUAUUAGAGGUGUAAGUUAGGCCUUUUAUGGUAAUUGUCUGUUUUAGUUAUCGAAUGUUGUUUUUGCUUAAUUGUCUUGCUCUCCAAUGGUGGUUUUUGGGCUA